AUGUCGGGCGAAUUGGAUAUCGACUUUACGCGCCGAAACAAGAAGCCGCGCCCGCUCUCGGACCACGAGAAGGAAAAGCUGGAUGAAUUUGUCGACGCGAUCCAUUACUCGGCGAGAUACUCGGACGACGCAUACGAAUACCGCCAUGUGCAGCUGCCUAAGCAAAUGCUGAAGGCUAUCCCAAAAGACUACUUCGACGGCGCGCGAGGCACACUGAAGCUGCUAUGGGAGGAGGAAUGGCGGGCACUGGGCAUCACACAGAGUUUGGGAUGGGAGCACUACGAGGUCCAUGAGCCAGAACCUCACAUUCUGCUUUUCAAGCGACCGAUCAACUACCAGCCUCCCAUGCACUGA